AUGCGUUUGUCUCUCUCCCUUUUUUGCGCGUCGCUGUGCGCCGUCCAGCAGGCGCAGGCUGAGCUCAGGAAUGUUUUUGCCCACUACAUGGUUGGCGGCAUGAGUGGCAUCGACCAGGCUGUCACCGAUGUGACCGGCGCCAAAACCCUCGGCAUCGACGCUUUUGCGCUGAAUGUGCAGAAUGUUGCAGACUCAUGGUCCACCAACGCCAUCGGCUGGCUUUUCAAGGCUGCUGAGGAAAAGGGAUUCCACCUUUUUUUCUCAUUCGAUGUGGCCGUCCUCUCCGACGUGUCCGAGUUCUUGCCACUCUUCAAGAAAUAUCAGUCGAGCUCCGCCUAUUACCACCACGACAGCAAGCCUUUCGUCAGCACCUUUGACGGUGGCAAGCUCACCUUCGGGCAAGCCUCGCCCAACGCUGGCUGGCAGUCCAAGUUCAAGGACGUGCUAAAGUCCGACGGUAUCACGCCAUUUUUCGUUCCCGACUUUGACGACUAUGGCGGCUCCUACGAUGCCUCUUUCUUCAACACGUACAGCGUCGUCGAUGGUGUCAUGAACUGGGAGUCGGCCUGGCCAACCGAGGGCGAUGGAAAGGUCGCCGCGAACUCUGCCAUUGACAAGUCGAGCAUGAGCGCUGCGCACGCUGCCGGCAAGGUGUACAUGAUGCCUCUGUCUUCUUUCCAGUCCAAGCACCUCAAGGCCGGCCAGAACUGGUACCGUCGCGGCGAGCUCACUCUCACGCAACGCAUGACGCAAGCUCUCGAGCUGGGACCGGACUUCAUCGAGCUGCUGACUUGGAACGACGCCGGCGAAGGCCACUACUUUGGCAACGUCUGGAACGACUCCAUCUCCAGCAACCAGCCAAUCGUGGAUGUCACCGAAGGCUUCGACCACACCGCCUGGCAGUCUAUCAUCGCGCCUUUCAUCACUGCGUAUAAGGCCAAGGCGACCACAGCCUCUGCCAUCACGCCGUUUGGUGAUUUUGCCGGUUCUAUUUGGUAUCGCACGCUGCUGACGACCGCGAGCUGCUCGGGUGAUUCCCUGGGCAAGCCUAGCGGCGCACAGAAUGCCGAGGACGUUGUCAACGUUGCGGUUCUGCUGCCAAAGGGUACUACCGGUACGCAGGUCAAGGUCUACAGCGGUGGCUCUCUUCUUAAGACGCUGGAUGGUGUGGCUGGUCUGAAUGCGUGGAGCGUGACCGGUCUGAAGACGGGUGCCGUGCGUGUCGAGUUGAUCAAGGGUGGAAAGGUCAUUGGCGCGGCGAGCGGCGGCAAGGAGGUCAAGGCCGAUGCCAGUCUGUGCAACUACAAUUACGAGGUUGUCAAGAUUGCUUAG